AUGGGAAUUCCUACAUACACCCGUUGGUUAUGCAGAAAGUACCCAUUGAUUCUCAAGUCACUGUCUGAUCCCGAUUCUCCUGCUCAGCGAGAUGGAAAUACGUCUUCGCAGCAGCAGCAACAACAACAGCAACAACAACCUCCCGUGUUUGAUAAUUUCUACAUCGACAUGAACGGAAUCAUUCAUGACUGUGCCCAUGGACAAAUUCUCGGGUCAACUCCAAGGAACACGGAUGAUGUAUUGGAGAACUUGCAAAAUUACUUGGAUCGCCUCAUAACGGCUGUGAAUCCCCGGAAGUUGCUCUUCAUGUCUGUCGAUGGAGUUGCUCCCAAGGCCAAAGUGAAAGAACAAAGAGGGCGUCGUUUUCGUUCUGGCUAUGAGAGUGUGGAAAUCAAGCAACUGGAAGAGCAGUUGAAGAAGGAGAUGAUCGCUGAGGGCUUCCAGUUUCCUCCGGACGUGGAAGAAGAGGAGGAAGAGUCGUUCAACUCUCUGAACAUUUUCCCGGGCACCGACUUCAUGUCGGAGCUCCAAGUGUUUUUGGAUUACUACGUGACCAAGACGCUCCAGUCCAACGAAAAGCUGCAGAACCUGAACGUCCUCAUCAGCGACAGCGACGUUCCCGGCGAGGGCGAGCACAAGAUCAUGGAGUUCAUUCGCUCGCAACGCACGCAGCCGGACUAUCUCCCGAACCAAACGCACAUCAUCCACGGCCUCGACGCGGACCUGUCCAUGCUGGCGCUUUCUUCGCACGAGCCGCUCUUCUACAUCCUCGUCGAGCAGCUCUUCAUCACGCGCUGCGCGAUCUGCGGCGCUCCCGACCACUCAACGCGCGAAUGCGUGAAGCUGCCUCGAAAGAAGCUCGGCGCGAGCACCAAGGACGACAAGUUCUACCACCGUCCGCUGCAGGUGAUCUCCAUCAAGACGCUCCGCGAUUAUUUAGACCUCGAAAUGCGCCCCGUCGCCUCCCAGAUGAAAAUCCCGUACAAUCUCGAGCGCAUCAUCGACGACUACGUCUUCCUCUGCAUCUUCGUCGGAAACGACUUCCUCCCCUCGCUCCCCCUCUUCGACAUCCGCGAGGGCGCCGUCACCAUGCUCCUCAAUCUCUACCGACGCCUCCUCCCCACCUGGACCGACUACAUCAUCCGUCCCGGCGGCGAGAUCAACUACCUCCAGGUCCAGUCGCUCAUGCGCGAGGUCUACGCCAACGAGGGCAAUAUUCUCCGGAGGAAGCGGCUGUUUGGACGGUACACGGUGGGACGGCUGAAACGCCCCGCGGUGCAGGCGAGCUCGACGAAACCGCCAGAAUUGGGGGACGAAGAAAGCGUGGACUACGGCAAGCCGGGCUGGAGCGAUGCCUACUACCGCCAGAAAUUCGGUCUGGAUCCGAGUGAUCGGGUUUCGAUCGAGCGCGUCUGCCAGGAAUACAUGCUGGGACUGGCGUGGAUUAUGCGCUAUUACUGCACGGGCUGCGCGUCCUGGGACUGGUUCUACCCCGAGCACUACGCGCCGCUUCUUCGCGACCUCUCCGCGAUGAACAACGUGACCGUUUCCUUCUCGCUGGGGCAGCCAAUCAGCAAGCUGGAGGCGGUCAUCGCGGUAGGCUUCGCUUGCUCUGAGCCACGUAGACGCGCACGCCGUUCGACUCCAUCCUCCCGCCCGAGCUGGAGCAGCUGGUCUCCACGCCGGACACCAAGCUCUACAAGUACUACCCGAAGCAGUUCGUGA